AUGUUUAUAUUUGCAGAAGCGACACGACUGGCACCAUUUGAAAGACAUCUGGAAAAAGUUCUUGCCGGCCAGCAGAUUGAAUUGCCAUGUGAAGCGGAGCACGACAGCAAUCUUGAAGUAUCCUAUGAAUGGCUGGUUGAUGGCAAGCCGCUGCUGGAACAGUAUAUCCAGUCCGGGCAUUAUCGGAUAACUGAUAAAAAUGCACUAGUAAUCACGAAUCCGGCACGAUACGACGCUGCGAAUUACACCUGUGUUGCGAAAACUUCGUUAGACAAAGUGCAGAAAUCUAUUCAGAUCAGGGUGGAUGAUGUUCCAAAUCCAGUGCAUAUUGCAUUUCUGACGAAAUGUGACGAUACUGCGCAGAUUGCAUCAAUCAAAUUCGAAUACAUGGAAGAUAUCGACUUCAGUGCACCCAUUAAAGAAAUAUGGGCGCAGUACCAAAUAGAUGAAGCGACUGAUGGCUCUGUCUGGCUAACUCAUCCUUAUCCUGCUUUGACGGACUCUAUCCAGACGAUUGAUGAUAACCAGCGCUCAGUAAAGGGCACUUUAGAUGUUUCACUGCGACCGUUUGGCAAAUACCGUUUUCGUGUUUUUGGCCGUAAUGAUUUUGGUGACGGAGCUCCCACAAGUGUGAACGGUGAAUGUGUAACACCGGCUCGGGUUCCUGACAAAAAUCCAGAAGGCGUAUCGGCGACGGGAUCUCGGCCCGAAAAUCUCAUUGUUUUCUGGAAGCCAAUGCCAAGAGAAGAUUGGAAUGGACGUAAUUUCCAUUACGUUAUCCGUUAUCGGCCGGCAGGAACAGACGGCGAAUGGAAGGAAGAGAUUGUAGAUGAUCCAUACAGGGACCGACAUACGAUAGAACUCACUGCUGAGGAGCCUUUUCGUCCCUACGAAGUGCAGGUUCGAGCUGUUAAUGAGGUUGGGACUUCGAAUAUUUCACCGCAGACUGUGGAGGGAAGAACGGGCGAAGGUGAUCCUGGCUUCACACCCACUGGCUUCAAAUUAAUCAGCUCGGAUUCCACAUCGGCAACAUUCGAAUGGGAUCCUGUUGAUCCUCAACAAGUUCAAGGAAACUUCACUGGAAUAAAGAUUUCGUUUUGGUCCGACGAUUCCGAAGACGAAAGCGAGGAGGAAGAAAGCAGUGACAGUGCAAGUGAAAGGCUGAAAAGAUUCGCAAAGAUAAGCCGAACGAAACGCGAAGACCCAGCAGUAAUUUCGAAAACUGACGCUUCAGCUGGUAAACAAGCUGUAAUUGUUGCACCCGAAAAAACGAGAGCUACAAUAUUUGGUCUUCGUCCAAACAGUGUAAAUUAUGCCCAAGUAGCCGUAAUGAAUGGGCAGAAUGAUGGAACACCAUCCGACCCAAUCUCAUUCCGAACAAGAGAAGGAGGUAAGUACACUUCAGUCACUUUAGAAUAA